AUGGAUACCUCGCAGGCUGGCGAGCAGACCCUCGAUAGGGCACAAGAUGGAUCUACCUCUGCCGAGGGGUCCAAUUCUGCCUCCCCGACCGAUGCCCAGGCGCUUGGUACUGUCAGCUCGACGGCACAGUCGUAUCACAUCACCGAGGACCUGAUUCCGCUGGUCCAGACAACGAACGAGACUCUCGAGCGAACCCGGUUGAUUGUUAAUCAUGAGCCGACCGACAAUGACGAGGACUUGAUGGACACAAUCGGUGAGGGCUACGAUCUCGUUGAUGCGACAGAGGAUUUGAAGAGGACCGUCCGGUCGCAGGAAUUCUACCUUCGCUACGGCGACCAUAUGGGGCAGGUAUGGAAGUGCCUCGAACUUGCUUCCCGUCGUGUCCACCAAGGCCAUUGGCCAGCCGGAGUCAUCGCUGUUGGGAAGGUUCUCAAGCUGGAGGAGGAGCUCGGGGGAGGGAAAGCCUCGGAGAAGCUGGCGGGGGUGUUGCAGCAUCUCGAGGGGCUUGGGAUCCAGAUCAGCAGUGAUGUGGCCAAGGCGGCAAUUAUGGGAUAUGCGAUACGCAACAAGAUCUGCCAUGGAGGUCCCGGUCGACUCGACGACAAGCAGACUCGCGAUGCAAUCGCGAGCAAUGUGAACGACCUGGAGAAGUUUCUACCCGACGAUCAGAGAGCGGAUCGCGAUCUCUGGGUGCGAAUUGUCAAGUUGUGGAAGAAGUGCUGCAGAUACGUGGAGGAUGUGCGAAAGUCGGCUCCGGAGACGACGCCAACCCCGGAUUCAUCUAGUCUACUCGCCGCACCGCCCCGUACCGCCGAGUAG